CCGUUCGCCCGGGCCGCCGCUGCGGUCCCCUGCGCUCCUCCUCGCUCGCCGCCGCACGCCCCCACCGGGCCGGCCUUUCCUCUCCGCGGCAACGGCUUCCGCCCCUCGUAGCCACGCUACCGGAGGAAACGGAAGAAGCAGCAGGCCAUGGAGGGGAACCGGGAUGAGGCGGAGAAAUGUGUCGAGAUCGCCCGGGAGGCCCUGAACGUCGGCAACCGCGAGAAGGCCCAGCGCUUCCUGCAGAAGGCCGAGAAGCUCUACCCACUGCCCUCGGCCCGCGCACUAUUGGAAAUAAUUAUGAAAAAUGGAAGCACAGCUGGAAAUAGUGCUCAUUGCCGAAAACCAUCAGGAAGUGGUGAUCAAAGCAAGCCUAAUUGCACAAAGGACAGCACAUCUGGUAGUGGUGAAGGUGGAAAAGGCUAUACCAAAGACCAAGUAGAUGGAGUUCUCAGCAUAAACAAAUGUAAAAAUUACUAUGAAGUACUUGGAGUUACGAAAGAUGCUGGUGAUGAAGAUUUGAAAAAAGCUUAUAGAAAGCUUGCUUUGAAGUUUCAUCCAGACAAAAACCAUGCACCUGGAGCAACAGAUGCUUUUAAAAAGAUUGGAAACGCUUAUGCUGUUUUAAGCAAUCCAGAAAAACGAAAACAAUAUGACCUCACAGGCAAUGAAGAACAAGCUUGUAAUCACCAAAACAAUGGGAGAUUUAAUUUCCAUAGAGGUUGUGAAGCUGAUAUAACUCCAGAAGACUUGUUUAAUAUAUUUUUUGGUGGUGGAUUUCCUUCAGGUAGUGUACAUUCAUUUUCAAAUGGACGGGCUGGUUACAGCCAUCAACAUCAACAUCAACAUAGUGGCCAUGAAAGAGAGGAAGAAAGAGGAGAUGGAGGUUUUUCUGUGUUUAUCCAGCUGAUGCCCAUUAUUGUAUUGAUCCUCGUGUCAUUAUUAAGCCAAUUGAUGGUCUCUAAUCCUCCUUAUUCCUUAUAUCCCAGAUCUGGAUCAGGGCAAACCAUUAAAAUGCAGACAGAAAAUUUGGGUGUUGUUUAUUAUGUCAACAAGGACUUUAAAAAUGAAUAUAAAGGAAUGUUACUACAGAAGGUAGAAAAGAGUGUAGAAGAAGAUUACGUGACUAAUAUUCGAAAUAACUGCUGGAAAGAAAGACAACAAAAAACAGAUAUGCAGUAUGCAGCAAAAGUGUACCGUGAUGAUCGUCUCCGAAGGAAGGCGGACGCCUUGAGCAUGGACAACUGUAAGGAAUUAGAGCGGCUGACCAGUCUUUAUAAAGGAGGAUGAACUGGAAUUUUUAUGUAUACCUUUUUUGUUUUUUCUGUAAGUUUAGUAUCAUCAUGAGAGAUGAAGAAAAAGAUUUGAUAUUAAAAACUGAGCUGUUGGUUCCCAAAUCUUGGACUGUUUAUGACCCACUGGCUCCUUUAAACAGUAAGAAUUGAAAACUAAAAUUAAUAUUUUAGUUAUGCUUCUGCAGUUAUUCUCAUUUUCAAAGCUUAUAUGAUUCCUAACCAAAAAUGUCUGGAGAGAAGACUGUCACACCUGUAGCAAUUUCCAGUUUUAGUGAUUCUCCAUUUUUCUUUCGUCAUGUAAAUAUUUAUGGAAUGAUCAUUUUGUGUACAUAAAGAUUAUUGUCUUUUAUUUAAAUUCUUUAAUGUUUAGCUCCAUGAGACACUUCAGUUUAAAUUGAUGGAAUAAAUGUUACAUGACACAAUUACAUUUUUCUUGUUGAGGUGUCAAACAGGUGGAGUUUAAACAAUGAAACUUUUUCAAAAAGAAAAAAGUAUUUAACUUUAUGUAAAAUCUUAUAGCAUUAUCAGUUUAGAGGGAAUUGAUAUUUUUAUUAUUGCUGUUAUAUUCCAAAAUAUAUAUUGAGAUAAAUGAACUGGUGUAGAGUAUCAGUUUACUAUUUAGUUUUAUGAAUUGCUAUACAUAUACAUGCAUAGAAAUGAAAAGCUAUACUGGUAGAUUUUAAGAGAAAUAUGAGGAAAUGGCUAUACGUACUAAAUUAAAAGGAUCUUCAACAGUAAAGUGCAGUUAUGCCAUUUGCAACUUAAGUAAUUAAAAGGCCCCCAGUUCAUGUAUAUAUCUUUGAAGGCUGCUAAAAUUUAUUCUUUAUAGAGGACCACCCAUUUUUCUCCCCAUGGAAAUUGCAGUUUGUUAGUGGUCAUUUAAGCAGGAUCCAAAAGUAAAUGGAUUUUUUUUUAUAAGUACUAAGAAUUAUUAUUAAAAUACAGCUUUGUGCCUUUAACCCUAUGCCAACUUUUAAACAUAUUAAGUAGAUUACAGUACACUUACUUGAUCUGUUUGGCCACAUGCAACAGUAAACAGAAAUACAGCAGCAGGUAGAAUAGUGAUUUAAAGUAAGUUGUCCUUAAAAAAUUCUGAGUUAAAAAUCUAUUCAUCAUUGAAUAAUUUUAUUAAUACUAUAGGAAUAAGCUCCUUGUAAUUAAAUCCAUAAUAAAACUAGAAAAAGAUAGAAAUUUUUUUUUGGUGCCUAUGUAUUGGAUGUAAAAGUUUUGAUUUCUUGUCUUUAACAACUGUAAUAUUUUAAUGAUUUUACUUCAUACUCAGUUAAUGGAACAUGAACAUAUCUUUGGUGGAUUUUUGGUAGCAAGAAAAUGCUAGGUAGUGGCUUUUUCCUUCUGUUUAAAGAGUUUUCUCUGAAUUUAGUUAAUUUAUGCCAUCUGUUGAAUAAAACUGCUGAAAUGAUCUCUUAAAAAUGCUCUCUUGGAACCCCUUUUCCAGGUAAAUCAGUAGAAAUUGAUUGAAUUAGGAGGUUAAAACUAAGCAACAUACUAUAUUAGGAAAACUGGACACCUUAACCAACUUGCUAAUGGAAAUGUGACCUUUAAGAGAAAAUAGCAGUGCUUGAAAGAAAAUCCAAUUUUAAAUAUUUUCUUGAACCCGCAGCGUAAGUUUUAAAAAAAAACAGCAUAGCAUUCUAAUAAAUUUGGGAAGUUCACAUGUAUCAGAAACUUCAUAAAAAUUUAAAUGAAAAUUUCAACUAUUUAUUUUUCCAGUUUUAAUGGGAAAUUUACACUAUUAUGGUUGAUAAUAAUACCAACUUACCUUUUUAUUGCCUACAUUCUUUUUCCUUAAUUCCACAUUUAAGGAGAUAAGUGAAGUUAGUUACCAAGUAAAGUAAUAUAAAGUGUAUAUCAUGAAGUCAUACAUGACUUUUGGACAGUAUUGUAUGUCAUUUGCAUUGCUGAAUUCCGUUACAUUUCAUAAAAUGUUAGGGAAGUCAUGAUUAAUAAAUAAAAUUUUCAAACUGUGGAAAGCAAUUGGUUUGAGUGUGUGACCACGUAAGCCACAAAAAUGUUAAGUAAAGAUGGAGUCCUUAAUGUCACCUAUAUCCUGGUGUAAAGGCCUAACAAAUGUCUAAGAAUUUUGGGUUAACUUUACCAAGUAAGAAGACUAGAUAUGCUGAGAUAUAAGGUGUUCAUGUUUGCUACUCUUUUUUAAUAAAAAUCUCAAUAUUUUGCCAUCUUACUUUUAACUACAUGAGUGUAGCAAUUUCAUUGCAUCAUCUUAAUCACACCUAUAAAUCCUCAGUCUUUUGAGUUUUGUUUUACUAGUUUCUCUAACUGGUAUUUUGAGUUUUGUUGUACUAGUUUCUCUAACUGGUAUAAGUUUGGCAGAGUUAUAUUUAUUACUGCUUUACAUUUUUAUCUUUAUAUAUACACACAUAUAUGUAUACAAACAUUAUUGUCCUUGUGAGGGUUUGGGGAAAAAGAAAUAGUACCUUUUCUCCUUUUGAUGUCUUAGUUCCUGAAUAGAUUGGUGCUAGUCAUUUAGUCAUUUCUAAGUUUCAGAAUUUAUUUUAAUCAAAUAAGAAAAAUGAAUUCUCAGCAAUGAAAAACGUCCAAUUAUUAUCAAUCGAGGAAGUGAAAAUAGUAUGUAUGUUGGGAACAGAUUACACUUGAAUGCUUAAGUACGUAUUUGUUUCAUAAUCACGACGUGCUUAUUUAUGAUUUACAAAGAUUUGGUGAAGAAAAGUAAUUUCCUUAAGGCAUAUAUAUUCCAUUGCAGUCAACUACUCUGCUUUUCUGUCAGCUCAGGUAGGUGUUCACAGGGGCAGGAAUGUGGAAUGCCAGCCUGUCACUUUAAUCGCACUUUUAUGCUUAAUUUUCUUCCUUUUAAAUCUUCAUUUAUACUAGUAUGUAAAAUAGUUACUGAAACAAUUACUCUUUUGAUUUCCCCUUUCCCUUUUAUUGAUCUGUAAUUAAAAAAAAAUACAGACACGUGACAUGCUAAUGUUACUUAAUGUAUUCCAACAUAUUUCAUUAAAAAAAAAAAUCUCUCACCUGUGUUAAGGUAGUGAAAUAUUUCUUGAUGUUAGGACCAAAUGAGCCAUGUUUCCAGUUAAACAAGUUUUAUGUCAGAGGACCAAGUUGUUAAAAGAAGAGAAUUUGUGCAUUUCCUUAGCUUCCCCAUUCCCAUUCGAAGCUUGGGUUCAGUACUACCCGUAUCACAUCCAUCUUCAAACAGAAUGAAGCAAACUGAAAGGAAGUUCAUAAUUUUUUUUCUUACCUAAACAGAAAAACUAAUGAAAUGGAACAGUAGAUCUGAGUUUUAAUCUUCACUAAAUAGCUGAAAACUUUGUCUGUUGGCCAUGUUGGACUACUGCCUAGUAAACAAUCCAUAAACUUCUCUGUAAGCCAGUGGAAAAAGAGUAGUCUGGCAGUAACUUCUAAAAUGUUUUUAAAUUCUAAUUUUCAAUUAUAAAGUAAAAGUAGAUAGAAUGAGGCUUUUCAAGGAAUUCUUGCACAUUUCUGUAAUAAUCUGGCAGGCACAGUCUUAGAAUUCAGGCUUCCUUUUUUGUUUCAUUACUAUUAAAUACUUUCAUAUGAAUGGGAACAUUUUUCCUCAAGAUAUUAAAAACAUACUCCUUAUAUUAAGGAUUAUAUACCACAUUUUUUAUAAACUCCCUAUGUAUAACUCUUUCCUGUUGAUAUGUGAUUCCUCUUCAUUUAAUUUGAUUAUCUGCUGGUGUUGGGGCCAAUAGAUUUGUGAAUAUCCUGUGGAUGUGUCCAUGUAUAGGUGUAUAUA